AUGGCUCGAAUUCUGCGCUCCCAGUCAUCUACCAGCACAAACGAUGGGGACGACUUCUACAGUUCAUGUGGAUCGGACAAGUUCAAGUGUAGUACAGGGUUGACGUCGGCGGGGUGCGUGUCCAGUUACUGCCACAGCCCUGAUACAACAUACACUACAUGGCAGAGACACGUGGACUUUGGCGUUGAAAAGGUUCUAAGCAACGUUUAUGAUGCGAUAUGUGACCUGUAUAACGAGGAUAUAUUACCAACUUUGCACGAAAUACGACGAAAACUGCGACGUAACAACGCACAUCUUGUUGAUGGGACUUGGUUACUUCGUAUUUGCAAUGACGACUCUUAUCGCAGAUUUCAGGUAGUAAACCUCGCAGAGGCAACCAAUUCGCAAAAUGACGAUGGAAUACAACAUACUUGGGCGAUUAUGUUGGCAGGUAAACCGUUCGUGCAGCACGAGACGGAACCCGCAGACCCUAGAGAUCUGGCUGUUGUCUUUCGUUACGCCGUUUUCAUAGCCUCAACACAGAAGCUGGAACGAGAGGAACCGAAUGAAUUUUGUGACCAUGGCCUAAGGUAUCCGAAUUUGACGCAAAUUGGGGGAAGGUAUCUGUUUGCCGAGUAUCUCAGAAAGGUAGGGCCCAGUCGCUUCCGUAGGCUACCUUUGGGUAAAGUUGUGCGCAUAGUUCAAGACGCUAUAGAUCUGAACAUUCUGUCGUAUGACGGUAACAAUGUAGUUCCUUCUGUCUCCUCUACAACAACGGCGAAAAAAAUGCUGGCCCAGCUCGACGUGGACAAACCAAGUUCUACCAUGCGUAGAGAGACGCAAAUUCGGACAAUGAAAAACAACAUCAUCAGAUUAUUAAAAGAAACGCCGCCGAAGUCCAAUGAAUCGCCAGUGUCGUCAUUGAACCAUUCCAAAGGGCGGCUUACCCUCAAACUGAGCGGGAGUGACAAUGCCAUUGCGCUCUGCAAGCUACCUAUAAUUUACAAAAAAAGAUUUAACCAAGAAAUCGAUUUUGCAGCAGGUGGAUACAGCAAGUUGACUGAUUUUUUGCUCAACGAGGUACCUGAGUGUUCAGUAGAGCCCUCCAUGGAUUGCCCUAAGAAAGGCAAAUCUGCUGAACGCUCUAAACUUUUUGAGUCUGUAAUGGAACACGUUACAUGUGAGUGGUCCACUAAUGUCCUUUUCCCGCUAGCAAUGAACUCUUCAAGGCUCAGUAUGAGUGCAGCGACCCGUCUGGUGACGGAAUGGUGA